UGUAAUCUCGUGACAGAUCCUCGGGCUGUGGAUUUUAUAAACGUAUGUAAAUAUUAAACAUUUCUCAUAUAGGAGGCAAAGUUAAAUCAUAAAAACGGCUCUUUACGCUUUAGGUGUUGCUGUCGACAAGAUGGCGGCUAAAGGGGAGGCCAAAAAUCCCGAACCUGCAGCAGCAGAAGGAGCAAUUACCUUCGAGGAUUUGGGGAUUCCGACAGGGGAUCGUGGAGUUGUCCGUACACCGGUAGGACAGCGGAGAUCCUUGAAGGAUGUUACAACCUUGGAAUGGAUCUUUCUUGUUCUCUCAUCCGUGAGUAUCGUGGUGGUCAUUGCCCUCACCAUCAUCCGGCUCGUAGAACUGCUCAAAGACUCGGAAGUAGCCCAGCCCACACCAACCCCAACAUCAUCGGCAUCAGACUCGACUGAUACAGUGUUUGCUAUCUUACUGCUCUUCAAUGCAAUUUACAUCUUAUUUUAUGUUCUGAAUGGCGUGUUUGGAGAACGAGCAAACGAACUGCUCAUAUUUGUUGCUGGGAUUUGCAUCGUCCUUGUAUAUUGCAUCAUCAACUAUUUCCAACCAGGAACAACAUCUCAACAAGUUAAAUUGGCUCGUUUAAUACUCAUCAGUGCAGCUGGCCCAGUACUUGGCAUAAUGGCCUUAUAUAUCGCAUACAGAUAUUACGACUCAAGAAAUCUCAUAUUUAGAACGGUCGGGGCCAACAUCGAAUUACAAGAUAUGUGCCAGUACAUGUUUCUUUGUGAAUCACUACUGAAAUUUGAUUUUCAGCUUGAGGUCAGUAUAGUUAUUCUUAUCCUGGAAGAUCUAAUAGCAGUCUCCUUGUUUGAAAAGCUCAUCAUUGGUUUCGGUGUGGCCUAUGGCGUGAUAUGGGCUCUCAUUGGAUUUUUAUCGUUACGGUAUGAAAACAAGCAUCUCACGUGGAUAUUUUUUGCAACAAGCAUCUUUGAGCCCGCCUAUAUCAUCUACAAAAUAGUUAUAGUUGCUCAAGACGAUACCGCUGUCCCAAGCCUACGGCUUCUGAACUAUGCCAUACUAGUCUGUUCAGUCCUUGGUCUGCUUGUUAGGAUAGCCGUUGUCCUGUGCAUGUCAAAGGUGUAUUCAAACUUUGGAAAGGGACUCAAGGAGAAAGCAUUUGGUGAUGAACCUGAUGGCGAUACCCAACCUAUUCACUCCUCAUGAUCCAGAUAACUUUGAGGACAGUCACCCAGUGCCAUAGACCUGUUAUCUGUGGGAAUCACUUGGUUUUAAUACUUGUAUUGACCUUUUUGGGGGGAGCUUCAGAGAUCAAUCACCAUAUACCAAUCAAGGUUCAUUAAUCAAUAGACAGUCAGCUAGUGCCUUUGACCUGUCACUUGUGGGAUUCAGUUGGUUUACAUACCAGUAUCGACCUUU